GGGCGGCGGCGCGUAGCCCGCGCGGGGCUGUGCGGUCUGGGCGGCCCGGACUGGGGCGUCCGGUGAGCGGAGCUCGGGGUGGAGGAUCUCUGAGGCCGGCAAAACGUGGGUCAGGCCACCCUUGGGGGGCUGCUCCUCCGGACCAGGGGAGGGUGAUGGAAAGCCCCUCUGCGGUGGGGCUGGGAGAAGUGUCCCGGUGGCGCCCGUUGCUGGAGCAGGACACGAAGCCCUGGUGCCUUGAGAUGGCAUCCAGCAGCUUGGGGAGGAGGGCAGCCAGCUGUCUGUCAGGGCGAGGCCAGGGCAUCCUGUGUUUUGUAAGGGAAAACAGCGAUUUCCCCCCCAGUAAGGACAAUGCUUUGAGUAGUCCUCCCUGGAAACAAGCAAGCAGCCUUAUUCACGUGCUCGCACGCCUCCUGUGCGCAGCCUGCCUUCAGCCUUGAAAAAGAUUGCACUUCCCAAGGCAACUGGGGGUAUCUGUAAUUUUGAGGUCUAGGGCAUAUCUAAGUGUUUCAGUCUUAACCAGUGUUUGAGUCCCUCUCGCACCUUACCUUUGUGCCUGUAGCUUGAAAAUCAUGGGAUCUGUUUAAAAUCAUCAGCAUUGAGGUCAUCUUUGCCCGUUUUUUUGUUUUGUUUUAAACAGUAUAUACUCCAACUUAGUCCCUCUUACAGGCCCUUGGAAUGCACCAUUUCUGAUGGGAGAAAUCAUAGAUAUGGUAUUAAUCUUCUUUGACUGUUUAUUUGCAAAAAAGUGGUAAAAGUGGAAGGCACUCUUCCUCAAAGGACUUCCCUCAGUGGCUACAGGAUCAGAAUCUAUAUUUCACUAAGCUGGUUUUGUGUCACUUAAGCAUUAUGAAGGGAACCUGGAUGUCCCUGGGAGAUGCUUGGUGUGGUACAACCACUAGGAGAGCUAUCUUUGGUUUCUUUCUCCUCAUAGCCCUCAGUGGAAUAGUUUACGAAAAAGCAUGUGGGAAGAAAGGUGAAUGGGGGAUUCUGGCUUGAACAGGGAUCUCUCAAAAGCUAAAACUGACUGAUCUGGUUUAAAAUAGCUUCGAGGGAGCUCUAAACUCUUCCUGGGUGGAAAUUCAGAAAAUCAGAGCUGGUUCCCUAGGAGUUUCCACACUGCUGUUUGCAGCAAGUGUUGGCACCAGGUAUCUUCAUACAAUUUUACUUACAGACACAUACAGUGUUUACAAAAGAAACAGCACUACAGCCAAAGUUCCCAUAAAUCAGCCUCUGUUACUUAUUUUCAGACAGAGACAAGAGGAGCUUCUUACUAUGAAUAUUUAUCCUGUGUGUUUCAUAUCAUCUAUUUCAGAAGUAAAUGACAACCACGUACAAACAGCAGUACAAGGAGAACACUAGAUCAGCAGUUCCCUUGCAGGGUAGAGCCUUCCUGCAUUCCCCUUUUUUGAUUCAGCUGAUAUUUAUUUGUCAAAGAAGAUUCUUCUCCUCAUGCCUCUGAACAGAAACAUCUGUACUUGAUGAAGAAAGGCCAGCAUUACUCCAUGACAUUCACUGAAUGACACACCAAACCCCAGCUGUCUGCACAGGCCACAGAGUUGGAGGUGGUGGUUCAAGCCCAGAGUAGGCAAAAUGACUUGUUUUUUUCAUCUUGCCUUGUCCAGAAAUAGAGAUGUCUCAGAUUAAGCAAUAGGCGCUGAACAGUCUGUGUGGAGGAGGACAAAAUCCCUUUAAUUGUGGCGGUCUGAUUCACGGACUCUGAUGUGCUGGAUCAGAAUCAACUUUAUUCAAGCAAGCAAGCCCUAUAUAUAAGCUCUAGCCUGGACAGGCACUUUCCCACAGUGAUUUACAGUACUUUCUAUUCUCCUUGCAAGCGCCACGUUAUACCUUCCCGAAGGUCAUGUUCCCAUCAUCACUCCCUUACUCUGUGCGGUUACUCCCUAUGUUCCCAUACUGCUAUCUAUUCAGCCCAUGGCCUUCGGCUCCUCAACUCUAUCUUGUGCGAUCCCUCGCUGUCUGCCCCUACAUUUAAUACAGUUAUUUCUCAGAGGAAAGCAUUUUUCCUUUUGAAUCCCAACCAGUACCAUUUCAGAUGCCUGGAUUUUUCCUUGCACUGAGAAUAGAUGGCUUUUCCUCUUGGUUUCCACACUGUUGACCUGGGAGAGCAGUGGCAGACUUGAUGAUGCCUCGGGCCUAGAAAGGAGGACUCCUUGUCUAGUUCUGAUAGUCUUAUAUGUCCCCUCUGAGUCAGCGUAUCUGACCAGGCAGUGUGCAGGAGAAUCACAAUGGCUGAUCCUCCUUUGCUGCUCAAUUCUUUCUUUGAUACCUUGCAUCAGUGGUGGUCAUCUGGGAGUCCUGAGACACACUCACAUUGUUCAUGGCUGCCAGCAGCUUCAGGGCAGCAGCCUGCAACUUGUCCUCCACUACUGCCUUCCCCAUAUUCAACAACCGCUGCAGUGUCUGCAGCAAACUCUGCACAUGGAUAUCCUGUAGCCUCAGGAAGAGAUCCUGGAGGUCACUGGUGGGCAGCUCUCCUUGCUGCUGGCCACUAACCGUCACCUCUGGGACGUGUGUGUCAGAAGCAUUUAGUUGCAUGCUCCUUGACCAUGGUGCACCCUCAGUACAGCGAUAAAAAGAAAAGGCACAGAAGUCUGGGAAGAAGGGAAUUCCUGGCAAUUCUGAGCAAAUGGGCCCUAGAAAGAGGCAAAUAAUGAAACAGACUUAGCGAUAAACUUCAAUGCAGCCAGUUGCUUCACACCAGCCCUCAGCACUAUGGAAUGAUCUGCAUCCCUCCAUGAAAACUCUGGCUUUCAGGUGCCUCCCUGAACCUCAGUGAGAAACUCCAUCACUUCCUGGUCAUCUCCGUGACCCUCAGAGAGAAGAGGCUGGCCCUAGGGACACAUGUGGCUGCUGUUGGAGAGCGGGUGUAAGAGAGGAUGCUUAUGAGCAGAUGUCUUCACCCUCACCCUGGGAUUGCUUCCUGACCCUCUCCCCCACCAGCUCUCAAGUCUCCUUCUCCUCUAAUCGAUCAAGUCCAGUGCUGGCUGCGCAAGACCCCCGUCUGCCUGCCUGCCUGCCCACAGAAGUUAUGAUCAGUUUUACCCUCAGGGAUGACUCCGUGGUUUUCAUACUCAUCCAGUCCCCGGAUCAGGGGGUUCUGGCAGCUGUACAGUGCACGAAUGAGGCAGGCAGUGCUGGCAUGGUGGGCAGCCCGAAGGGGCCUGAAGAACUGGCGAUACUCGCGAUCAGAGAGUGGCGUUCCCUGUUGCCGCGCCUUCGCACCCUGAGGACUGGCUGUGCAGCCCCAACCUGAGAGAAGUGAUGAAAAAUAAAAAUGCAGGGAGGUGGAGAGAGGAGGAAACGCUGACCAUGGCACACUCAGAAGAGCUGGAAGGCUCAACUCAAAUCUAUAAUCCUUUUCUGUGUAUUCAGGGUCCUGCGCAUUGGAAAUGCAGUAACUGGCUCAGGAUGGAGGUUUAGAACCGAGAGUGACACCAUCCCCUCUGCCUCUGUCAAAGGGUGUAGUAUUUUGGUGACAUGACCAGAGCUCUGGUGAUUGAAGUCCUCAACUACAAGAAAGGUCUUAGAAGGCAUGGGUUGAACUGCUAAUGCAGCUUUGCUGUGGGGGCUGGAGCGAAGAGUCUCUUUUCUUUCAAUAAUUUUGUCUCUGCAAAUUCUCUUCCUCUGGGUAAGUUGGUGCAGAACCCUUGAAUUAACAGAGAAUGCCCCAAUGGACAUGUGUAUGCCUUUUCAGUGGUCCAAGCAUUCACUGAACCUACACGCAAAACUUAUUGUAGUUUCUUGCCUGUAAAGAACAUUAUGAAAGCUUGCAAAAUCAAACAGUUGGACGUUAGACAUGCCUAAAUAAAAAUUUCAUAUGCAAUCUGCUUCAUCUGCUUGUGCAUAUGCAUUUUAUACAUUCUUUAUGUACACAGCAACUUAGUGUUCUUUCCAUUGGACUUCCAGCUCCUUCAGUUAGAGACUGGACCUGCCCUGUCAGGAAAUCAAAGUUUUUCAGGCAAGGCAGUUGUUAUCUUCGGGACAUCUGCCUCAUUUUCCACAGCUCAGAAGGUAGGAAGAUGCUGGAAGAGGAAGGGUUAUAGAUGCUCUUCCAAGAAGUAAAUUUUAUUCCUGCUUUCACUGCUAGGCAAGCAAUUAAACCAAGUUUCUCCGAGUGUUAUUAAUGGCAUUUUCCUUACCUUGUGGGUUGCCAGUUAUAGGAAGGCCAAGCUCUUGCACUUUUGGAGUCUGUGUGUGCUGUAUUUUGGACAGCAAGUGCUACAUUAGCAUAUAAAUUCUGAGAAGAGUGGGCUGAGAUAUCUCAAACUGAGAUUCUAAAAGCAGGGGAUAGCUUUGAGUCUGAUCCUCCUCUGCCUUGUUUUGCUAUUUGCAAAAUCACUGUAAACCAAUUAAUAGCUGUGAAGCACUAAAAUACAGAGUAUGUGAAAAAGUUCAUGAGGAAAUGAGUCAUUCUGUGUAGAGCAGAGUUUGGAGGGGAUCAGUAAAUAAAUCAUAGGAUCAAACACUGGACACUAAGGGUGACAUAAAAUAUUGACUAGCUGCUCAUCAAAAAAGCAUUGUCCAUCCUGGGACUGAAGAAACCAACCCUUGUGAAAAAAGUGAAGCCAUGUAAUUAAAGAACUCUGUUACCAUGUCCGUACACAGGGGGAACAAAUAUGAAGUUACAAAAGUAACUGAUUUAGGCAUGCUUUAGGCAUUCUGUUUGAUUUUGCAACCUCCAUAGUAGUCUUUUUAGCCUAAGAAGUCUUCUUAACUUCAAAAGUCCUGAACCUAAAAACUUCCCCAUGGCCUCUGUCUUAUUAACAUCUGUGUUUCUGUAGGACCAAAACAAAAGCAAGUAACUUUGCCUGUUGAAAGAUUAAACUGAGGUUACAGAGCACUCUGUAAGACAGUAUUAGAUGAGGAUGCAACACUUGGCCAAGUAACAUAGAGAAUUGCUGAAAGAAGGAGAAUGAUGAGACCUGGAAAUAUGGGAGCCCACUGCAGUCUCUAGGUAGGAGGUGGCCUGAUAAGGCAGACCUUUCUAGCCAUUUCUCCCAGCUCUAACACUUUCUGUUCAUCUCUAACCAAGGUCCUCUCUCAGAUUCCUCUCUUCUCCUGCCUAGCCUCCUCCUUCCUCCUCUUGUCCUUUCAUAUAGCUAGUGCUUCCCUUCCCUUCCCCCUUUUCCCUUCCCAGCUUGUGGUUCAAAUCCAAAUCUCUGCCUUUGCACUCAUUUCUGGUUUCCAAGUCCAACUGACUCAGUUCUCUUGUCUCAAGUCUUUGCUGAACCAGCCUCUGCCUUUCUCAUUCUCUUGUUCUCUGCCCAGUUACUUCCAGUUCUGAGUUGUCUUCAUUUUCUCACUUAGCGGGUCUCCUCACCUUAGACAGUUUUUUCUCAGACUGCUGGUCCUUGCUAUAUCUCUCUCCAUUUUGCCAGCUGUCUCCUCCAAACACUGGCUACUAAUCCUUGUAUUGCAACCCGUCUCUGUACCAGGAGCUAAUAACGUUAUUGCACCCUCUUCCCCAUCUGCAGGCUGCCUGUUCCUUCUUUUCAGCUAUCCUGGUGGAUCUGCCUUCCACUUCCAGGCAUUUGUUUUCCUUUUCUCUUGUGCUGCCUUUGUGGAAGCACAAAAGCUUAGGAACCAGAAGAACAACCUUGCCAGAGAGCAGCAUACACUUUACAUUGCUGCUGUCUUGGAAAUGAUUGAAUUGAUUAGGGAGGAAAAAGAAUUUGGUUCACACCUUUGGUAUAUGAAAUAUCAGUGCCAGUGGUUAAAGACCGGCAAAAUUAUAAGCAUCCGGAAUCUUUGUAGUUGAGGAUUUGAGGCAAGUGAUGAUACCUGGGGCUGUGAGGCCUUUUUAUAUAAUCCAGCACCUUGGAGUUUGCUGACAAAGGAUGCUGUCCUUAGCAAACAGUCUGGCUGUAGCUCUCUCCCAGUGCUUAGCCCUACUGCCACGGCUAAGUUCAUUAGUUAUCCUUAACUAGCUUUUCUCUUUGGGGUUGUGUUUGCUUUCAUUAAAAUGUGGAAAUUGGAGACAGGCUUUGUGUCUGCUGAGUAGUUCAAAAGUGUGUCAUCCACCUGCAAGGAAGUAACUAAUUUAAGCUAUUUAGAGGACUGCAGGCAGAGAGGUAGUGCUCUGCACAGCCAGUGCUAAGUUGGUGUAUUUGUGGUAUUUGAGGGUACUCUUGUCCCUUGUCCUUUCAGUUCCAAAACACCAAAGCUGAAGUGCUCUGGGAGGGAAAGGGUAAAGAGCAGCUGAGUCUGCCAUCCUUUCUCACAACCUGAUUUUUAACAGUGGAGACAUUUCCUACUUACCAGAAAAAAACAGGAGAGCUCGCGUGGCUGACAUCGCACCUUGCUGCCGUAGAUGCAGUAUCUGACAGAGCCUGAAGGCCAAGCUGCUAGAGGUGUCACAGUGUGACAGCAACACUUUUGCCUGUUUACCUCCUUGUGUCUCUUCCUCCAGCAGCUGGGUGUGCCCGCGGGGAGCUGGGAGGAGAAGGUGGGGAGAAGUGUGGCACAGUGUCCCCGAGCUGCGUGUGACAUCACAAGCCCCUCUGGGCUCAUCACCGGGUGUCCCAGCUCCGCUGUUCCCCCUGUCCGGGCUUCCUCAGCUCCCCUUCAUGUUAUCACUGCGGUCCAAUUUCCGGGGCAGCAUUUGCUGGCAGAAACUUUCAGGAGUCCAGGCGUUGGCUCAUGGAGCCUAGCAGAUCCAGGUAGGCAUGCGUGGGAAAACUGGGUUCACAGUUGGGGGCCCGGACUAUAGGGUAUGCCCCAGCGGGAACACCCUGCUUGGUCUAGAUGCAGCCUUUCUUACUUUGCAGACUUGCUGGCUCUUCUGUGCAGACACAGCAGCUGGCAGAGGUUUGCCGAGCCACUGAGUCCUUGCUGGCUGGUGGAGCCGUUGUGUCCCGCAGAGGUCAAGAGAGCGCUCCUGCUGUAGUGGAGAUCUGCUCUGCCAGUGAGCCGAGUGCCAGGGUGCAGUGCCAGAGACCGGGGGUGCUGGAGAGGGACAGCUGGGAGCAUCAGAGUAUGGCCAGACCUGGCCUGAGAAGACAGUUUAUAGUAAGGGGAAAUGAGGAGGAAGAGGCACGGGGCAGAACUUUGGUCUUUUUUUUUUCAUUUUAGCCACAGGAGAGGAUGCCUCCCUCUGAGCAUUUGCAGCACAGUCAUUUCCUACCAGCGCUGAAAGGGGCUUGCCUGCAGUUUUAUCUGGAGGCCUGACCCCGCUGAAAAGCAAGGCUGAGGAGCCUUUACUGGGGGCCAAAUGUGACCUUUCUUUGGUUUUUGGAGGGCCAUGUCUUAGUGUUCUCCUGUGUAACCUCCAGCAACACUGACUAGCAAGAGAAAGGCCCAGGUUCUGUUUUCUUAGGCAUUAUAUAGUUAAUCAUUUUCACUGAAAAAAUAUCAUUUUAGGUCCCCCACCCUCCAGUCUAGGGAACUAAAUAACACUUCCUGGAUGCUCAAGAAAAGCGGUACUCCCCCCCACUCCAGUAAAAUAAUGAGGCUUCAAAGAGGCAGAAACUUUACAUGGAGGGGGGAGAAAAAGUAACGUACGAACCAGGUAGCCCAAACAAGCCAUAGCAGGGAAGAAAACAGCUGCUAAGUGUAUGAGCCUGAGUUUGGACACAGUCCACCUGCUGUAGCAGUGGGGUGUGCUGAUAAGUCAUUACUACCUUCCUCCUCGCUGUGCUUGCGACACACAGUCUGGCCCAAACUCAGAGAAAUCCUGAUGGCCGCAGCUUUUAUACGGGAUAUCUGGUUUCCCAGGUUAGAUGUCCACUGCUUUGUGCUUCUGCCUUACCAAAGUUUGUGCUCUCAGUGGCUUGUCUGUCCUUGACCAGCAGUAUCCUUCACUGGGCAGUCCCUUGAGGCCUCUCUCCAUCUGUCAUCUCAGGAGCUUGGUGUGGCUUGUCAUCUUCCCGAUGCUAACAGGUCACCUCUCUCGUUCCUUAUUUGGCCUUACUAGGACUGUUGUCUCAUCAGCCAGGAUGUUUUUCAGGGCUCAGCCUCAUCAGCGUGUCCUUGCUGUGGAGACUGGCAUGUUGUCCCUGUGUGGCUGUUCAGUGGUGUCUUAGGACAGAUCUUUACUACACAUCAGUAAUGUGCUUUCUGCAGUAUUCCACAAUAUUCUUGAGUCUGUAUGUAGUAAGCAGUUUUCUGUAUCUGCUUUCCAUCUUGUAUAGUUCUUGCUAUUUUACAGCACUAACUGUUGGUCAACAUUAAAUGCUAGUCACACUAGGGCUCUAGUGUCUGUUUGCUUAAAGCUGCUCUUCAAAGGCAACAGAUAGGGACUGAAUCAGAAGGAUGUUUUUGUCCUUCUAAAAUCAGAAGGAUGGUUUAGUAGGAUCAGGCUUACCUGCUGAAUCUUACUGUGUCAUAGAAUUGAAGGGGGCUGUGGGUGAAGGGAGACCUCAACUUUCCUGUCUUUUACCUGGGCAGCAAGUCUCAGGGUCUGUAUCCUGAGACUGUAACCUCUGCCUGCUGUGAGGAGGACUGCAAAUAUCCUCUCUCCAAGGGGUGAUACCCACCAACUCCCUGGCUGCCACCUCCUCCAUUCAGUUCAGUUCAGCAGAAGGCAGGGAGCAGGAAGGAUGUGACUCCAGGCUGAGGCAGAGCCAACAAAAUAUCAGUUUUCUGUCCUUUCAGGGGCCUUCUUUUACCCCAGUAACAAUACACAGAUCUGGAAAUCUUUCCUCUGUCCUUGGAAGGGCCUAGGGAUCUAUUGUGAUACCCUCCUCGGAGCCUCACACAUGUUAUUACGCCAUCCCAUAGCAGGAACAUAGGAAUCAUGUGGGCAAAAUGAUAAUGGCCAAUGAGAGGGCAUUUUACAUUACCUUCCUGUGAUGCACCUGUGGGUAUAGAUGGGGCUUUUAUCUCACAUACAGCCAAUCCUCUGUUUUAGCAAGAAACUUGGUGGUGCAAAAAAGAGAGGGAUACCAUUUACUUAAAAUAUUGCAAAGAGGAAAGCUGUGUGGGUUGACUGAAAAUUAGAAAAAGAAAUAACUUCUGUUUAGUUAGUGUAUCAUUUUGAAAGGAAAGAAUGUUGGUUUACUUUUCUUUCUCUCAUGAAUACUCUGUAAUUAAUAAUUAAUUUAUUAAUUAAAUAGUUAAAUUAAUAAUUUUGCAUGUGUUUAAUUACCAUGUUCCUGGUCGCAUGGUAGGAAUCCAUGUGACUGAAAUGGCACAGUGCCAUUGCAGAGUUGAUAUGCAGAGAUGCAGUUUUCUAAGUGUCUUCUAUAUGCUUCUAGGAGUUUGGAAGUCAUUGGGUCAUCAGACUCUUAACAUGCUUCUACCUUCUACUGCUGCACAAAUGUAGUGCUAAAACUCCAUAGGUGACCUAAUUUUCUAUCCCACAAAAUCAACUCCCAUACAGCAUAGUUCUACUCUGAAAAAAGAUUCUGGAGAAAUGGGAUUGCAUAUUGGCUCUCAAAAAUAUCCAAACUAAAUCUCUUAUUGUUCACUUAUAAAAAGGUGUGUGUGUGUGUGUGUGUUUUUUCUGCUCACUGCCAGCCCUGUAAACUCGAUCUGGAAUGAGGCCGUCAAAUUGUUAUUUUUCUGGAGUGCAAGGAUGGGAAAUUCUGCCUUUGGACCAUUGCUGUUGAUAAUGUGUGAAUAGAAUAAAAUCUCUUUUCUCUCCCAGACCUAUGAAUGCCUGGCUGAGCUACUGGGAGUAACCACACAAAAUCUUCUUGGUAAAGGCAAUAAACAGGACCCUGAACAGACCCAGAAAGCAGAGCAGUUGUGAAGGUGGCAUUUUUCCUUCCAUCUCCAGAACAGAACUGCAUCAGAUUCUCAGUUCAGUAGGAAGGAAGGUGAUAGAGAGAAAAUGAUUUGAAGAAUUUAUAUUUUCCUAUGUAGAACUCAGAGGGAGGUAUUUUUUGUUUGGACUUGCAGCGGGAGGAACACCCAGCGGCUUGUGAGAAGGCAGCACACUGAUGGGCAGCUCUCUGCAGCACGUGUAGACGAUGCCUGUGUUCGCUGCAUGAGCUAGCCUUGGUUAGCAGAUCUGAGCUGUGGUGCCACGGUGUGUAUGGCUGUGACCCUGAAGAAGUAACUGGUUUUAGGCAAAAAUUAUUGGAUAUCAGUUCAGGUAUGUAUCUGCCAGCCUUGCCUGUCACGGCACAGAGAUCUGGUGCUAUUUGCACGGAUCAGUCCCUUGGUUCCUCUUCCUCUGGGGAGAAGAGGCUGCUGCACACAGAGCAGUACCUGUCAUGCCGAAUGGGGCUCUGUCAAGGUCUCAGAUGUGGUUGCUGACUUGUCAACUGAGCCUUGUCAUGGUCAAGGGCAGAACUUAUGUGCCUGUGGUCAGGCUAGGCUUCAGUCAUGUUUCUGGGCUUCAUUUUCCCCUGGUUUAGGUUUCUUCCAUUUCCCAAAUACUUAUUCUCUUGUAAUCUCAAUCUACAGCACUGCUGCUAUGACUGGUAUUUAUUACAUUUGUUUUCUUUCCUCUGAUCAGGAUCUGCCAUUCCUGACUUUGCUUUAACCUCCUGUUUGGAGUGAGGGGAAACAACUUUGUGGCCAGAAGCAGCUAAACAUUGAGAGAGUAGAGCUAUCGCUCACAAGGUGAGGAAUUGAUUUGGCUAAGAUAGAGAAUGACUGGGAAAGGAAGAAAAGAGCUGAAUGCUGAAAAUUUGGUGUGCGCUUUGAUGUGCACUCAUCCUACUUCCUCUCUUCCCACAUUAUAUAGGUUCUUCUUUCUGCUUUCAAGAAGAUUCGUAGGGCAGGGUAUGAUAAAGAUGAAACACAAACACACAGUCUUUGGGAAUCUAAUAUCCUUUCAGAAGGAGCCUAUCCAAAAUGAAAUCAAAUCCUAUGUAUUUUUCAGCAUUAAUACUAUACUUACAAUGUUAGAAGUAGUAAAUAACUAAAGCAUGGCUUUUUAUUCCUUUCAUUCUGACAAUAUUUUUAAUGUUUUAUUGGCCAGUUAGCUGCCUCAGUGUUCAUUCCUUGGGUCAAUGCUAUACAUUUCUUCGUAUCACAAAUGUUUUUUAGUCCUGAUUUUUGUAAAAGAAAUUUUGGCUGCACUGAUUUCCAAUGUGGUGUUGUAUCCCAAAGUCAACAAAUCACCUGAAACAAAACCCGAGGGGCUUAUCCUUCUGUAUUCAUCUCAUAUUCUGACCUCGCACGAGUAAAUGGACGUGUUAACUGGUUCACUGCUGACUCUGUAAGCAUUGCUAUCCAGCUAAUCUCAUCUGUCACAUUCCAAGAGUCACUUCCAAUUGUGUUCUCCAAUCUAAAUGUUUCAGUCUAAGUGUUCAUUUCCAUGCUUGAUCAAUAAAAACAGUUUAUCAUACUGCUCAAUUGACUAUUUGUUCUGUAGACAAAAUUUAGAUACAAUUUGCUGCAGAAUACUUAUGGCUUUCCUAUUAAGGAGAAGGUCUGUGCCUGAAAAGAAGAAAGCAGAUAAUCUACUUAGCAGGUGUAGAUGUUCCUGUGGUGUCAUCUGGUUCCUUACAUGAUUAAGCAUGGGAAUGCUGGAAGAAGAGCAGCCAUGGGCGAUGGGAAGAGAAGUAGUUACAUUGGGGGUUGUGAAGAGAGUGGAAAUUUUGAGGACAAGCAAGUGACAGGUUUUGGCCCUACAGUUGCCACUUUAUGGCAGAGGACACUCUUUGCAGUCUGUGCUACAGUAGCCACCCAUUCUUGUUUCACACUUUCUUCCUCUCUCCCUUCACAUGUUCCUUGGUCUCAGAUCCCUCACUCUGCCCAGAGAAGAAUACCGAGGGCCUGGUUUCUGCAGCACUAGCUAAUGCUGACUGAUGUGCAGCAGAUCUCUGGCAGUUGCCUUUUUUGGAUUUCUCUCUCAGAGAAGCAGAGGGGAUUAUUUAUUGCUAGUUCCUCUGUUCACUCCAGCAGGUGUCAGGACCAUGAGUGACACAAAGAAGGGCAAGCUUCAUCAGGAAAGUCCUGUGAAAGCAGAGCUGCAUCUGCUCUCCUCCAGAAAGCUCACAGGAGAUAACCCUCAGAACUCCAAUCAAAGACAUGACUGCAAGCAGGAGCUGGAGUCAGAAAAUGAGGUGGACCUGUCUUUUGGAAAGAGACAAGGAACAAUAACUCCCUGUGGGAUAGAAGUCUGGGAGUGCAAGGAUGGUGGCAGUGCCCACAUCAGCAAGGUUAUCCUCACUGGCGACAAUCCAGGCCCACCUGUGUGUGAGAACGGCUCCAUUUGGGUUCAGCAGGUGGGAGAGAAAACCUAUGAGUGCCCUGAAUGUGGGAAGAGCUUCAGCCGGAGCUCAUAUCUGAGCCAGCAUCAGAGGAUCCAUCUGGCAGAGAAACCCUUCAGCUGCUCCGAAUGCGGGAAGAGUUUCACGCGAAACUCAGACCUCAUCAAACACCAGCGUAUCCACACCGGUGAGAAGCCCUACCAGUGCAACGAGUGUGAGAAGACCUUCAGCCAGAGGUCCAAUGUGAUCAGGCACCAGCGGACCCACACAGGAGAGAGACACUACCAAUGCAAUGAAUGUGGUAAAAGCUUCAGCCAGAACUCGCAUCUCAUCGUCCAUCAGAGAAGCCACAAGGGUGAGAAACCGUUCAAUUGCCUGCGGUGUGAGAGACGCUUCAGCGACCGCUCUUCCCUGAUCAUCCACCGGAGAGUCCACACUGGAGAGAAGCCUCACAAGUGCCAGGAGUGUGGGAAGCGUUUCCGGGACAGCUCAGCCAUCAUUCGGCAUCAGAGGAUCCACACGGGAGAGAAACCAUAUGAGUGUACAGAGUGUGGGAAAACCUUCCGCCAGAGCUCCUCGCUGGUGACCCACAUGAGGACACACACGGGCGAGAAGCCCUACAAAUGCCCUGUGUGCGGAAAGGGCUUUAGCCAGAGCUCGGCACUUACCACUCAUCGUCGGAUCCAUGCGGGAAAGGUCUUACCCAUGUUCCACAAUAGCCUGCUGCCCAACCCUUACCAGUGCGCCGAGUGUGGCCGGAGGUGCAGUGACCACUCCACUCUUGUCAAACACCAGAGCACGCAUGCAGAAGAGAGGCCCUACAUCUGUGUGGAGUGCGGGGACAGCUUCCGACGGAGCUCAGCCCUCAACGUGCACCUGAGGAUCCACCGAGGGGAGAGACCCUACAAAUGUGAGGAAUGUGGAAAAACCUUCAGGCAUAGCUCAGCUCUCGGCGCGCACCUGAGGAUCCAUGCAGGAGCCAAGCCCUACAAGUGCAGUGAGUGUGGGAAAAGCUUCCGGAAAAGCUCAACACUUAAAGUACAUUUGAAAAUCCAUGCAGCCAAGAAACCUCAUAAAUGUACAGUGGGUAGGAGAGCUCUCAGUUCCCGCUCACUUUUACCAUAGUCCAGAAUAGUCUGUUGUGUUGAGGACAUAUGAAAAAGGGUGGGUGAUGAGAACCUGGUGACAGGGCUGGAUGCCUAAUUCCAGUGGUAUGAAAAACCAUUAUGAGGUCUGGAAGCAGUGAAUUAGUCCUAAGAGCUGAGUGCUGGUGAUUUAGGAAGAGAUCACCGACAGCCUGAGGAACGGGGACCAAGUUCUGGGUAAUUUGGAGACUGAAUCUGUGGUAGAACAGAAGUGGAAAACUAGGCUUUUAAAAGCACUUUUUAACUGAAGACAAGAUAAAAAUAAAAAGUUCCAGGUUGGUUCUGACUCAAAACUUUGGCUUGUUAGACACUGUAGCAGUCUUAGCAACUUUUUGUUACCUUCUCUUAUUUUUCAUUAAUGCAGUAAGUUUACCCACUGUUUGACAAGGCACUUCCAAUUCUUUGAGUUGGAGACUCUGGAGGUGGACCUCAGUCUGUUUGUCUUUUCUUCCUCUUUUCAAAAUGACAACGGAUUCCUACCUCCACAUGCAAAAUCUGUGUGACAUGAUAUCUGAGUAAUGCAGAAUGAUGUGACUGUGACAGAAAACAUGGAUGCAAACUGCAUGUUUUUGGUUGGAAUGCUCCCCAUUUGGCAGCUCAACCAAAAUUUGUCUUCUCUGGUUUGAAACAUCUUGGGACAUCAAUAAACCACAGGCAAAAAUGUGGCCUUACCUUGUUUAACCAAAAAAAAAAAAAAAAAUCCCCUAGAUGCCCUAGUCAGAUUGAGUACACAUAACAGGUUACUCUUGGUAGUCUAGAGAUUGUCUGCAAUUUUCUAGUCCUUUUUAUGAUAGAGUAAUCUUAUUUAGCUUACUAUUGUUUGUAAAGUAUUAACAUAUGAAGCUCAGCGUAACAGUUAGGAAUUUCUGUAAUUAAAUUUAUUACUAUCUUAAUGACUGUAUGUUACAUAAACCUCCUUUAUAUUGCUAUGUUUUAUUUACUAGGUAUGUGUUUCCAUCCUGAAUAAAACCUCUUUUCUCUGCAUA